AUGGCAUCCAUUAUGGGCGCGUGGUGUGUUUGGUGGCGCCUUGCUUGCCCAGUGACUUGCUGUAGCCCAGCAGAGCAUCUCUCUCAGCUACUUGGUACAUAUUCUGUUACCCCGCAAAAUCCGGGGUCUGUCAUCGAUGUCAUGUCUCCUUACUGCCUUAGAGCGCCCUCGUUGGGUUUUGCCAGGCCACCUCAACGACGAUGGCAGACUCUUGCCGACACCACAUUACCCCAGCACCGUUCCAUGGCUUCCUUUCAGAUCAAGCAAAAGCCAGAUGUCAUCGUUAUUGGUAGCGGUAUUGCUGGGCUUUCCGCAAGUAUCGCAGCAGCGGAAAAAGGCGCUUCGGUUCUUCUACUUGAACGCUCCCACGGCGAAGGUACUACCGCCCUCUCUGGUGGUAUUGUCUACGCUAGUGGGGGGACACAGCAACAAAAAGAAGCCGGAUACGAUGAUACCCCGGGAAGCAUGUUUGCAUACUUACGCCAGGAGAUUGGAGACGUGGUGAAGGAGAAGAUGCUGAAGCGAUUCUGUGACGAGAGUCCCGGAGUGAUCAAGUGGUUGGAGAAGCACGGUGCUCGCUUCAAGAGGGCUUUGAGUCCAUACAAGACGAGCUAUCCCAACACUCAGCAUUACCUCUACUUUUCGGGUUCCGAAAAGGCAUAUCCGUACUCAUCACUCGCGAAGCCUGCACCGCGAGGGCAUCGAAUGGUGUACGAUGGAUUCUCCGGAGCCGGAAUCGCCAAUGCCUUACUUGAUGGGGCCAGACAACUUGGUGUUCAGAUUGUACCAGCCAGCAAAGUUGAGAAGAUUCUUUUGGCCAAAGAUGGCUCCGUCCGAGGAGUCGAGUACCUCACACGAGCCAACUCAUCCUCAAAGCUUGCCAAGCAUGAGAAGCUGACCAGGCGGGCUCUCAACUACCAAAUCACGUUGCCUCUCAUCGCAGGAUGGCUUCAUAAUCGUGCCAGUAAAACAUUUGAGCACAACGCUCAAUUUGCCACUACCAAAGCACCAACUAUCAUCCUUACAACCAAAGGUUUCUCCUACAGUCCUGAAAUGCGAAAGAAACAUCUUCCCGACUUCCAGGGCGUCACUCCCUUUGGAACACCAGCUGACGAUGGCUCUGGUAUCAUGCUAGGAGUAUCCGUUGGAGGCUCCACAUCCUACAUUGGCUUACCUCCUGUAUUGAAGAUGCAGAGGUACCAUUGGCUAUACUGGGACCACAAGAAGGCCAGGUCUCUUGAGAAUCUCGCCAAGAAAUUCGGAAUUUCACCCCAGGGCUUGAGGCAGACUGUUGAUGCCUACAGCGAUGCCAUCAAAAACGACAAACCUGACCCGGCAAACAAGAUGCCCAACACACGGUCCCCCAUCCUGAAACCGCUAUUUUACGGUAUUGAUAUAUUUAUCAAAUUGACAAAAGGUCUUCAGCAAGUUGUUAGACUGUCGCUUGGUGGUCUUCGAGUCGAGGAGGAGUCAGGGUUGGUUCUUGAUGAGGCUGGCAAGACAAUCAAAGGUUUGUAUGCCGCGGGGAGGAAUGCUGUUGGUAUUUGUUCAAGCACGUAUGAAUCUUUUGCCGCUCGCUAG